AUGAUCCAUACCGUGCUAAGAGAAGCAAGGGACGACAGGGGUCGCCUUUUAAAAACGCCCGACCUUACCGAUGAUAAACCAAAAGUUCUUUUGACGUUACACGCAGAGCCUCGCUGUCUAAGUAAAAAUCGGCUACCACCGCCUCUUGGACUAGGCCGCCGCUGCGGCGGCCUAACAGCUAUGAAGAGCGGUGGUGUUUUGACCGGUUUGGCCCCGGGGCGCCUUGAAGAUCCCGGCCCACUCCCGAGGCCUGCGAUGAGUCCCCCCGUUCUCGUGACAGAAAUACCACAGUUUGCUGUCAAUGAGGAACCUGCCACAAUUUGUUUCAAUGAAGAUGAUUUAUGUCCUGUCUGCCAAGAUGUGUAAACACCUGUCAGAAUUUCCAUUUGUCAACAUAUAUUUUGCAGGAAGUGUUUCUUAAUGGCUAUGAAAGAAGGUGGACCACAUUGUCCAUUAUGUCGAGGCAUUGUAACCAGAAAAGAAAAAGCACGUCCCAACAGAGCCUUAGAUGUUGAAAAUAACAUGAAGAAAUUGGUGGAGUGUAGAUGCUGUGAAAAACAGAUUAGAUUCUCUCGUAUGAGACAGCAUUAUAAAUCAUGUAAGAGGUAUCAAGAUGAAUAUGGUGUUCCUUCUAUAAUUCCAAACUUAGACAUAUCUCAAGAUUCAACAGGAAACAGUUUUGGGAGUGUCUCUACUUCGGAAAUGGGAGAAAACUCUAAUCUACAUGUUCCUGAAGAACCUGCAAGUGAGCAGCCUACUUUCAAAUGCCCUCUAUGUCAAGAAAGUAACUUCACAAGGCAGACUCUAUUGGAUCAUUGUAAUGACAAGCAUCUUUAUCAAGUAGACCCAGCAAAUCUUCAAUUGGAUGAAGAAACUUUGUUUCAAAAUGCUGUUGAGGAAUCUUAUCAAGUGAACCUUUGAAGCUUCUAAUUUCCUUACAUCACUACUAUCUACAAGGGGGGAGAGAGUCAAGUCUGGUCUGAUGUUAAUAAAGAGGAACUCUGUAUCCAAUUCAGUAGCAAUUGUUUUCCCCUAGGCAGAUUUCAUUUUAAAAUACUUUAAAGACAUGUGUUACUACGUUGUAGUAUAAAGUAUCUAUUUUCCAAUUGCUAGUAGAAAUAUUUCAAAUAUCUGGAGAAAAUAUCACUGCCUUUGGGGAAAAAAAGAAUUCUUUUUUAUUUAAAUUAUUUGAUUUUACAGAACUCUUUUAUUUGCAUUAAAAUCAAUUGUAAGGCAUUAGAAUGCAGAAAAGGAGGAUAAUUACCCUUGUUUGAAUAGUUCCAUUUUCCUUGCAUACUUUGUAUUUUGAAGUAGAAGUUAAAAGCUGAAUGUUUUAUUGUGCUCCAUAACUUAACUAUUGCAUGCAGGGAUUUUCUUAAUUGUUUUUAAAAGUCUCUUAAGUACAGAACCAUUUACUGAACCUUAUAAAUAGAAUGGCAGAAUUCACACUUAAAAACUGACUUGGUCUAGAAAAAGAAUGAAGUUCUUUUCACCAACACCUCUAUCACUAUACUUUUCUAAAACUUUUUUCUCCUAAGCAUUACUUUUAUAUGAUUAAUUUACAUUAGUUUAAGACCCAAAUAAGAUUCUUAGGGCACAGCAUAAUUCACAUGGGAUGUUUAUUAGUGUUUUUCCUUUUUUUUUAAAUGACACUUAGAUAGAUAGAUAGUAGAUUCCUAAUACUUUGAAAAUGUUAUAUUACUGAGACUGCUUUUAUAAUAAGAGAGUUUUAUUUUAAAAAAUGCUGUGUUGUCUUAGGCCAGUAUUAAAUUGGGUUGAUUGUAGUGUUUUAAGUUAACAAGAUAUUUCUACUAAUUGAACUAUCUUGAAACCUAGUAAAUGUCUACUUUAAAACUCGCUGGUAAAUUAUCUUCAUUGUAGUAGUAUAAUUAUGGGUAAGCAAUUUCAUUUGUGUCACUGCAUUAUUCUAUGUUUCUAUUACGUCUUGGGGUUUGCUCUAUUUUCAUGGAAUAAAGAGAAUUUUAGAAUGCAGACAAUGGAAUCUCUGCAUAAAUGCUCAUGAUUUGAGUAUUCUUUUUGCUUUAUUGUUAAGUAGUAAUAUUUGAAUUUGGUUUUUUUCUCAAACACAUUAUUCUUUAUCAAAAAAAAUUAAAGAAUGACUCAGAUGCGUUGAUUUCAAUUUACAGAAUUCUCUCCCCCCCCUUCAGUUUUGUUUUGGGGAGAGCAAUAAUGUUUAACUGCACAGUAAACAAUAACACUUUGCUUUGUUCUGAAGUGCCAUGGAAUAGAAAUAUACCAGAAACUAGUAACUAUUUUAAACACAUUUCUGAAUUGGGUUUAGACUUCAGAUAACCUAAGUUAAAUUAGCAUAUGUAGAGCAAGAGAAGGUACCAUUAGAAAAAAGAAGUUAUAAGACAAUAAAUCUUUCUAUGAAAUAAUCACAGCAGUGCAUAAUACUAAGUACUGUGAUUUCCUUCUGUAUGCCCCCCAGGCAAUAAUUUAUUUUUGUUUCUCAUUUCUUGGAUUGUUUGAUUUCUGAUUGUGAUACUGUCACAAUAUUAAGUCAGUACGACUAAUAAUUCUGUACAAAACAGUGUUGAUAGCCACAUGAUAAAUUAAACUAACUCUUUAUAUCCUUUCUGGAUUUAGAGUUGUCCACUCGACUGUUCAGGAAGUUAGCAGGGUUAUCUACAAUAGAUCAUAUGCUGGAAGGCAUAUUAAAAACAUCACCAUUAUUAGCGAACUGUGGGAAUUGGGGUACCUCACCAUUGGUAAUUAGAAAUAUACAUUUAGGUACCUAGCUUGAUGUCAUGUUUAUUAGGUUGGUUAGAUACUUUGU